AUGUCCACUCCCCCACCUCGAGCUAUUAACACAAAUGACUCAAAGCCCCAGGGCCCAAGGUCCUCUCCAGGGGCGUCCAGACGUAGCUUGGGCCCCGCCACUAUCCUGAGGAAAACUACCAGGCUGCAGGACACUCCAGACAUGGUGGGGGACGGAUCUCCGCCCAAGACAGGAGCAGUGGUCAUCGACAUGGGCACGGGCACCUGUAAGGUAGGCUUCGCAGGGCAGGCCCAGCCCACCUGCACCGUGGCCACCAUCGUUGGCUGCCAGCCCAAAAAGCCCGCCAAUGGCGGACAGCCAGAGCUGGAGACAUUCAUCGGCGAGGCGGCCCGCGGGCGGCUGGAGCUGACCUUGCUGCAGCCCAUGCGCAGCGGCAUCCUGGUGGACUGGGACGCAGCCGAACUGAUCUGGCGCCACCUGCUGGAGCACGAUCUGGGCGUGGCCCCCAAGGAUCACCCUCUGCUGUUCUCCGACCCUCCCUUCAGCCCAGCCACCAACCGCGAGAAGCUGGUGGAGGUGGCGUUCGAGGCGCUGCGCUCGCCGGCCAUGUACGUGGCCUCGCAGUCAGUGUUGUCGGUCUACGCGCACGGGCGCAUCAGCGGGCUGGUGGUGGACACCGGUCACGGGGUCACCUACACAGUACCGGUCUUCCAGGGCUACAACUUGCCCCACGCCACAGAGCGCCUGGACCUGGCGGGCAUCCAUCUGACCGCCUUCCUGGCGGAGGUGCUGCGCGGCUCGGGCCUGGCACUGGGCCAGCAGGACCUGGAGACCGUGGAGAGCAUCAAGCACCGCUACUGCUACGUGGCGCCCGACUUCCUCAAGGAGCAGGCGCGGCCGGAGCAGGAGUGUCGCCAGGAGCUGAAGCUGCCGGACGGCAGGACCGUCACGCUGGGCAAGGAGCUCUUCCAGUGUCCAGAGCUGCUCUUCAGUCCCCCCGAGAUCCCGGGGUUGUCACCCGUGGGCGUCCCCACCAUGGCCAAGCAGAGCCUGCACAAGGUGGUCCUGGAGGCGCGCGCGGACAUGGCCCAGAACGUGCUGUUGUGCGGGGGCUCCUCGCUCUUCCCCGGAUUCGAAGGCCGCUUCCGGGCGGAGCUGCUGCGCUCUCUGCCCCCAGAGGCCCACGUGGUGGUGGCGGCUCAGCCCACGCGGAAUUUCUCGGUGUGGGUUGGGGGUUCCAUCCUGGCCUCGCUGCGGGCCUUCCAGUCCUGCUGGGUCCUCCGGGAGCAGUACGAGGAGCAGGGGCCCCACAUUGUGUACCGCAAAUGCUACUGA